UUCCAUUAUUCCAUUUCAUUGCUCUCAUCCAAAUUAUUUUGCUUUUACCGAAAAAGAAAAGGACAAAGAGAGUGAAGUAGUGAACUGUAAAAUCAAUAGCCAAAAUGAGCAGCGGCGGGGGCGAUCGUCCGACGGUGAUGGUCACGAAUGACGACGGAAUCGAUGCUCCAGGAAUUCGAGCUCUCCUUCACGUUCUCGUCUCCUCCAACCGAUUUAACGUCUAUGUUUGCGCUCCUGAUUCAGAAAAGUCUGCAGUUAGUCAUAGCAUCACAUGGCAAAAAGCUCUCGUUGCCAGGCCAGUGGAAAUUGACGGAACAGUUGCUUUUGCAGUUUCUGGUACUCCCGCUGACUGUACAUCAUUAGGAGUUUCCAAAGCUCUGUUCCCCUUAGUACCUGAUCUGGUAAUCAGUGGGAUCAAUAUGGGUAGCAAUUGUGGCUAUCACAUAACAUAUUCCGGGACUGUAGCAGGAGCUCGAGAAGAAUUUUUUAAUGGAGUACCUUCUAUCUCAAUAUCAUAUGAUUGGGUUGGAGGGAAAAGUACUGUCAAUGAUUUUAAACUUGCAGCAGAGGUGUGCUUGCCCAUAAUUUGUAGUCUGUUGGCUGAAAUCAAGAAGAAAACAUACCCUCAAAACUGUUUUCUGAAUGUAGAUGUGCCAACUGAUGUUGUGAAUCAUAAGGGUUAUCGACUAACGAAUCAGGGCAAGACUAUGGUGAAAAUGGGGUGGAGACAAGUUACUUCUGAAUCUGAAGGAGGGAAAAUUCUGUCAACUAUGACCAUGGAGACAAAUUCAUCAUCGGGUUCUGAAUCAGAGUCUCCGAAUUUAAAGCAGGCCCUUGCUUUCAAAAGAGAAGUGAAAGGAUCACAGGUUGACAAUAGUGAUACCGACCACAGUUGCCUUAAAGAAGGAUAUAUAACUGUCAGUCCUCUAGGAGCCUUAACUCCUGCAGAUAUGGAUAGCCGAGAUUUUUAUAAGCAGUGGUUGCCAGGUGUUUCGGCACUAUAACAGUUUUACUUAAAGGUUCCUAAUCAUGUCUCGGGAUAUCUGGAAGGAUCUAAAUGGUUCACUUAUCAUAGAGUUGAGCAUCAUUUCGAUCACGAAAUCUCCGUUUGGAGGUAUCACCGUAUCACUGUUCCCUAUCAGCCUAGCGCAUCCUUUAUACAGUACCUUUAAUAGUUAAUCACGGUAUCCUUCUCAUGAGUUCUGCUGUUGGGACAAAAUCUGAUUAGCUAUGUACUAUAAAAUAUCUUACUUUCAUUGAGAUUAAUAAAUAUUUCAGUGCUCGUUUCUGCC